AUGGCGACCUUCACCAAUUUUGUUCAACUCCCAUGUGAAAUCCGCGUCUGCAUCUGGAGUUUCACCGUAAUACCGCGGCUCGUUCCCUUGAUCGUAAGGUCGAGAUGCUAUACUGUCUCGCUCACAGACGCCGAGCAGAAGGAGCCAAGGGACUUCGUCGGAUACGAUUGGCGCGACUGGCUCCAGAUCAAGCACGUCAAGUCAAAGACGCCGGUGCCUGCGAUAUUGCACGUGUCCCGAGAGGCACGUGCCGUGGGAAGCAGGCUUUACGAGAAGACGCAUGACACGAUUCAUGAGUACCUCCCGGUAGAGCAGCAGUACUAUACCUGGGUAAAUUGGGCGAUCGAUAUCAUCGCCAUCGACGAAGGGGGGUUGCAUGACUUCUUGAACUUCCGGCAUAAGAUUCAGCGCUUCCGGAUCGUGGCGGACAACAGUGACGAGUACUUCAACCGCAGCAUGUCACCCCGUUUGUCCCACUACAAGAACCUAAGGCAGGCGUUCAUUGUGUGUGAGAAUGGAAUAUCACAGUGGUCCGACGUGCUUGACGAAUACAACCUUUGGUGCAAUCGGGAAGAGGUCUACCUCAUCGAGCCAGAUCCAGACUAUAUCAAGACCGAGAAGACCGACGACUGGGACUGGCCAGACUACUGGGAUCGAACGCUUGUCGGGCCCCGCCGGAUGGUCAGGGCCGUGGAUGCCGCCGUCUACUACGAACGCAGACGCCGCGAGACAAGACCUGCUGCCGAUGCGGCUGCCGUGACCGCGUUUAAUAGCGGUGUCGACCCUUGGGCAUAUCCUUUCACGGGGGAUGAGCCCACGCUUGAAAUGGUGCUGGCGAUGCCGACUCCGCCGGAUAAUAAAUGUGCUGCGGAAGAGCGCGUGUCUCUCGAGAUUCCUGAGUAUCUUAGACGAGAAAACAGGAGAUCCGCCGCUUAG